AUGGCAUCUACCGCUCUCCCAACCCUUGAAUAUACGCCUGUCGAGGAGAUCCCCUCGCGCGUGAAGAGUGUUCGGGCUACCUUUUUUGAACACAAGACUCGACCUAUCGAAUUCCGUAUCCAACAGCUGCGGAAGCUUUACUGGGCUAUCAAGGACCGGGAGCACCUGGUGACCGCGGCCCUUAAGCAGGACCUGAACAGACCGGAGUAUGAAGCUUAUGUCGGAGAGAUUGUGUCGACGCUCAACGAUAUCAUAUUCAUUACCAAAAACCUACCCAAGUGGGCUAAAGAUGAAAAGGCUGCUGAUAUCGACCUGACCUUUUCGCUGAUGAGGCCAACCAUUCGAAAGGACCCCUUGGGCUGUGUUCUGAUUAUUGGGUUGGUGCUACGCUCUCUUCCUAACCCGACACCACAUUUGGCUAACUAUCCGCAUAGAGCAUUCAAUUUCCCAUUCGUCCUUACUCUUGGUCCACUCCUUGGUGCCAUUGCUGCUGGCAACACGGUCGUGGUUAAGCCAAGUGAAGUUUCACCGCACUGCGCCGCCGUGAUCCAGGAAAUCAUUGAAGCUGCUUUAGACCCCACUUGUGUAUCUGUCAUCCAGGGAAGUGUCCCAGAAACUAAAGCACUGCUUGACGAAAGAUGGGAUAAGAUCUGCUUCACCGGCAGUGCCAGAGUUGGCCGCAUUGUUGCUCAAGCAGCAGCCCCAAAGCUUACACCCGUCUUGCUUGAGCUAGGUGGGCGUAACCCUGCCUUUGUUACAAAGCGUGCGGACUUGAGACUUGUUGCCAGGCGUCUACUAUGGGGAAAGACGUUCAAUGCUGGUCAAAUUUGUAUAUCACAAAACUACAUCCUUGUUGACAGGGAGGUUGUUGAUCAGCUGGUGGUCGAGUUUGAGAGGGCUAUCAAAGAAUACUAUCCAAACGGAGCCAAAGCAACGCCUGAUUACUCCCGUAUUAUCAACGAGGGUGCUUUCCAGCGCAUCAAGCAGAUGGUCGACAACACCAAGGGGAAGAUCCUUCUUGGUGGAUCCAUGGAUGAGAAGGAGAAAUUCAUCGAACCAACCGUUGUCCUUGUUGACUCUACCGAGGACUCUCUCAUAACCGAAGAGAGCUUUGGGCCAAUUAUCACUCUCCUGCCCGUAUCGAACUUGGACGAGGCAAUUAGAAUUGCAAAUGACGUUGAUGGAACUCCAUUGGCCCUUUACCCAUUUGGAUCCAAAGAGGAGACCGCAAAAGGUAUUGUUUUUACCUCCCUUCAUUAUGUCCUCUCCUCCGUUCGCUCAGGCGGUGCUUCUGUGAACGACUCAUAUAUGCAUGUUUCUAUUUCAAACCUCCCAUUUGGCGGCGUUGGAGAGAGUGGAACUGGUUGCUACCAUGGCCGUAGCAGUUUCGAUGCCUUUACACACCAACGCUCCAUUACCACAACUCCUGGCUGGGUCGAGCGUAUUCUCUCUAUCCGCUACCCGCCUUAUAUCGGUAAACUCGGCAAAUACAAAGCUGCCAGUCUCAAGUCUCCUAACUUCAACCGUGCUGGGGAACGAACCUAUGGAUUGCUUGAAUGGAUUACCUGGUUUAUUACCUUUGGCAAGGGGCCAAACAGAUCGGGUGCCGCAAGGGCCACUGCCGCAGCAUUGGGUAAGUAA